AUGCCUCGCUCGUUUUCUUUCUCCCUACCGGCAAACGAAGCCGUUACUCUCGACGACAUACUGGUUUAUCUGGGCGAAUUUGGCACAUACCAGAAGUAUCUCUUCGUCGUACUGAUGGUCUUCUGCAUGUUUCUCACCUUCGUCUACUUCUCGCAAACGUUUAUCACCGUAUUGCCAACCGAAUACUGGUGCAAGAUUCCGCAAGUCGAAGGAAUGACCAACGAACAAUUGAGAGAUUUCAUGAUACCGAGUAUAAAGAAAGUUCCUUACGAAGGACACCAUCUGUCCUAUUCUCGAUGCUGGAUGUACGACGUACCUGUGGACAAAGCAGUGUCUGCGAAACAACCUGACGAAAAUUGGCCGAUGAAACAGUGCAGCGACUGGUACUUCAAAUUGACCAGCAGUGACAUGACUUAUUUGUCCAUAGCUGCGGAACAAAGAUGGGUCUGCGACGAAGCGUACAAAGCGACACUAGCGCAGAGCAUCUUCUUCGUAGGUUCCAUCUUCGGAGGUUUGAUCUUCGGUUGGAUGGCCGAUAAAUACGGAAGAGUUCCGGUUCUAAUCGGAACGAAUUUGAUGGGUUUCCUUGGAGGUCUGUGCACUUUGUACAUCAGCGAAUUCUGGCACUUCUGCGUGUGUAGAUUCGUGGUCGGUUUGGCAUACGACAACACCUUUGUGAUCGCGUAUAUUCUUGUGUUGGAAUACGUGGGACCACAAUGGCGGACGUUCACCGCAAACAUGUCCUUCGGGACGUUCUACACGCUUGGCGCGAUAAGUAUGCCAUGGAUGGCUUAUGGGAUCGCUGAUUGGAAGACUUUCACCGUGGUCACCACUGUUCCUCUGAUUUCUGUAUUGUUCGCGCCUCUCAUUAUUCCAGAGAGCAUCAGAUGGUUGAUCAGUAUGGGACGUAUAGACAAGGCGAUGAAGAUUUUAGAGAGAAUCGAGAAAGUGAAUAAAAAAGUAGUUCCACCGGAUAUAUACGACAACUUCCUCGAAGAUUGUAGGAAAACCGCGAGUACGUUGGCUAGCGAGACUCAUACUAUCGCGGAUCUGUUCAAGACGAGACGCUUGAGAAGGAUCACUAUACUGCUGACGCUAACCUGGGGCAUCAUCCAGAUGUCCUACGACGGCCACAUCAGAUGCUUAGACAGCCUUGGCAUGGACGUGUUCACCACGUUCACCAUCGCCUCAGCAACCGAAUUCCCAUCGGAAUUAUUGAUCAUCUACACCUUGGACGUUCUUGGACGAAGAUGGACGUUGUUUGCGUCGGUGGUGCUCUCAGGACUGUUCAGUCUGGCCGCUGCGUGCUUCUCCGUUGGCAUAGUUUUCGCCUCGUUCGCCAUUUGUGGCCGAUUCUUCAUCAACGUUGCUUCGAACAUCGCGAUGCAAUACGCGGCGGAAUUGCUGCCAACCGUGGUUCGAGGAGAAGGUGUAGCUUUCAUCCACGUUCUUGGAUACGUCACCUCGAUCUUCAGCCCCUUCAUCGCGUUCUCCAGCAGGAUAAUGUACAACAUGCCCAUGAUCAUCCUUGGAAUGAUCUGCGUUUUCGGUGGAAUACUGUGCCUGUUCCUUCCGGAAACGCUGAUGGAGCAGCUGCCGCAGACUUUGUUGGAUGGAGAGAUAUUUGGCAUCGAUCAGUCGUUCUGGGAGACGCCAUUCACGAAGAAAAAGCCCCUGGAACCAAAGGGACAUCAUCUUCACGCGAAACGUGCUGCCUCUCGGCCGGAUAUGCUGCGCAGCAGCAUGAUUUCCGGUCGCAAGGGCAACGUGAGACGAUACGGCGAGGUGAAACGAAGAGCAAGUCAAGUGCCAUCUCCUACGAAACCGUCAGCUAGCACGAGAUAG